AUGUUUGUAACAUUGUCGGCGGUACCUGUCUUCGAUUGGACCUCCAAGAACGCGCUAAACGACUAUUUCAAUUGCAGCAAGAAGGCAUGGGAAGUUUGCCACAAAAAUGCAGAUUUUGACGAUGACCAAGCAUCGCUAGAGAAUGAACCCGUCAACCGGAAAAUGGCAUACGAAGUCCUCAGAUAUUGCCAUGAUCUACGAGACUGCUAUAGAGGUUUGGAUUGCGAAUUGGCUGAAACCGAGAAAAUGUGCGAAUCAGCUGAAGCGAUGACUAGACCAUUCGGAUUAUGUGUGAUCGAUCUUAUCCCGACCUUCCACAACGAGGCUGAGUGCGACGGAUACUUCCGCAUCGAGCAGCGCCAUCUCACACCCGAACAGAGAUGCAAACUUCGAGCUCCUCAUAGAGAUUGUGUGGUUGAGUUCUACAAGAGAAAAUGCGGAGAAACUGCCGUCUUGGACGAGCUGAACAGAAAAGAAGCUGGAUACUUCGCAUCGUUCGACUGCUAG